GCUAACACCACGCCCUCCCAAAAUGUAGAGGGCGCUGCUCUUCCCAACUUCCUCUCAAACCGGAAACCAGCAUCUGAGGCGAGGUGGACCGCGUCGGAUCUUGCGACUAGGCCUCGCGGCCUGACAGGACGAUGUCUCAGCAGCAGCAGCCGUUUCCCUCACGGUUCGUAAAGCUCCCUCAGCCCCGCUGCCUCCCGUCAACCGGGGCUCCUCCCCCGGGAGUUUUCUGUGGGCCACCGCCGCCUCUUCCUCCUCAGCCAUUUUCUCCGUCCGCGUUUUCGCCUUUUUCGGCGGGUGCCCGCGGCCUGCCUUCCCCCGCUUACCCGCCGCCAUUCCGGCCGCCGCCGCCCCCCCUUUCCCCUCAGUGGCAGCAGCAGCAGCAGCCACCGCCUCCCGAGCGGCCCUCGCCUCAAUGGAGGCCUGAGGUGACGCCGCCGUUGGUGGCCAGGGAGCGGCCCAGGCUCCCGCUCGGGCCUGACGCAGCAGGCCCAGCCGGCGGCCUGAGGCGAGGCGGCGGCGGCGAGACCGAUCAAUGGCUGAGCCGCUUUUUGGCUCGCCGCCACACGGGAGCCGCCGCUCCUCCUCCGCCGUGCCGGGGCUUCAGCGCCAACCAGGCGGGCUUGUUGGCAGCGGAGGCUCUGCGGCUGGUGUCGCAGGUGGCGGCGCUGUGCGGGGCCUGGCGGCGACGGGACGACCACGCUGAGGAAGAGGAGGUGGCCGUGGCCGAGGCCCGGCUGGCGGAGCUGCGGGAGGCGGUCUGGCCCCUGCGGAGCGAGGCUUCUGUGGCCCAGCUGCGCCGCCACGCGGAGAGGAGCCGCCAGAAGCGGCUGCUGCGCCGCCAGCGGAGGCAGGAAGCUCGGGCCGCGCGGGAGGCGGCGGCGGCCCGCGAGGCCGAGAGGGAGGCGCUGGUGGAACACUGGAGGGCCAAGCGGGCCCAGGAAGCCGAGGAUCGGCACCGGGAACAGGAACUUAAAGCAGCUGCGGACAGCGUGCUAUCCGAAGUACUAAAGAAACAAGCAGACACGAAACGCAUGGCAGAAAUCCUGCGCGGCUUAGAAAAGCUUAGGAAACUAAGAAAAGAAGCAGCAGGGAGGAAAGGUGUUUGUCCACCCCUUGCUGCAGAUGAAGCAUUUGAAAAUGAAGUCCAGAGCUUAAGAGCAUCAAUAAAAAUACGCACUGAGCUCUAUGAAGCUGAAGAACGAGCACUGCGAGUUAUGCUGGAAGGAGAGCAGGAGGAGGAGAGGAAAAGAGAAAUGGAAAAGAAACAGAAGAAGGAAAAGGAGAAACUCUUGCAGCAGAAGCGCGAAAUGGAUUCCAAACUGUUUGGAGACUCAGAGGAAUUUCCCCUUACCCGCCUUUUGAAGCCCUUCACACAAUAUUAUUUACAGGCUGAAUAUUCUGUGCCAGCUCUCAUCCAGAUCAGGCAUGAAUGGGAUCGAUACCUGGUGCCUGCAGAUCAUCCUGAAGGAAACUGUAUCCCACCAGGAUGGGUCCUUCCCUAUCUACCUUCCAGUGACAUCUGGGCUACAGCUGUCAGAUGAUCUCUUCAGAGUUCCAUUGAUGUCUGAAGUUAUAGCACAUCAUGAGUGAUAAAGCAUGAAUUCCUUUGGACUUAAAACAACUCAUAACUAUUUCGUUGUAAAGCAGGGGCACAAGAUACCCAAGAGAAUAUGCAACAGCUGAUUCAGAAGAUAAAUACUACCACAAAACACAUUUUAUUCUGGAAAUGUGAAACUCAUAGAUACAGUGGCAGAGAUUUCCUCAUAUCUUGUUUUUAAAAACUUUUGGUUUGGAGGAAUUUACAAUAGCAUUGUAAAUUACUUGCUCCUGUGAACUUGAAAACCAAGACAUCUUUACUUAGAAUCUGCAUGCUGCAAAGUUAGCAGCGCAGUUCCCAUAGCAGGGAAAUGGAUUUGUCAUGGACCUGUGUUGCAGCAAAGAACCUGUGCCAUUAACUGCAUCCUGCUGAGGCAAAAUACAAUUCCAAAGCCAUAUAGCUUACACAGCUGCUAUAGAUUAUUGCAUGUGUUUUUAAUAUCCUGGUUUUUCAUGGGAAAUCAGGUAAUAAUCCUGAAGCAGCAUCAAAUACUGUCAUUGAACCCCUUUGGAGUCAAGUCCAGGUUCUCAAGUUACAGCUAUGUUUUUUGGACCCUCGUUUUUAAAAUGCCUCUGUGGUUAUCUUGGCCUUAUGUGCAGUUUCUUAAGUGAAUAGACAGAUGUGGGCAGUUAUCGCCUCCUUGCAAGUUUGGUUUAGUGGUUUUAAAAGCUAAAGCACUAAGCUGAAGCAAUAUGGAGAUAAUUAAUAGCUGCAUUGCCAUUUUUAUGGUGCACAUUGCACCUUCCUAGAUUUUUCAUGAGCAUAUAUGAUGUACAUACCCAGGAAAACAUUCUUUUUCAUCAUCUCUUAAAGUAGGAAAAUUAGAGAAGAGAUACUAUUUGGGAUAUAAUUUAAUAGAAUGUCAAAUAAUGGUUUGGUGUUGUGUGAAUAAGUCCUGUGCUUGUGUGCUGCCUCCUUCCCUUCCACUCUUCACUUUUAAAAAGUGAGUUCAGGGGAAGCAAAAUGAAAAGACAGUGGCUUGCACAAGCCUUGCAAACGGUGGUUUUGUAGUGCUGGGUUGGAAAGUAAGUAAAAACAAAAGUUAGUCCAUUUGGAUUAACAACAAACUGGUUUCUGUGAAGUGAACAUUGAUCUAUCAGUAAAGCAGAGCAUGUUAGGGGUAAGAGGAAGCUGAGCAUAGAGCUCAUUCAUAUCACAAACCAUCAUUUCACAUUGUAUGUGAACCAACCAGGAAACGAGCACCUAACGUUGCAAAAAAAACCUUCUGAAAUAAACUUCAUUAAUAUAGCGGCACAUUCUCUGAACACUGAUUUGUGGAUUGCAAAAUAGGCCAUCAUUCUUGACAAAAACGAAGUCAUUUAAGUAUGGUAAACAUCAAAGAGUGUUCCCCCAUUGACUGGAAAGUUGAACUACUGAAACUAGGUAAAUCUGGUAUGUCAAAAUAAGAUUGAGUGGCUGCUGUAUUGUCCUGUGUCAAUAUGCUCUUGCAAAUCUGUGCAAUACUUGACUAUAAUACAGACUUGUCUUAUCUGGGAAAACCAGAAACCUGAGUAGUGGUGUUUUUUACCCUUGUAAAAGAACAAGAAUUCGUGGUACAAAUCAUAGCCUUGGUCAAACAGUUGAGUGUCAUCCAAACAUAACAGCAGCUUGACCCACGACACUAAAACUAUCAACCUGUACAAAAAUAUCUACAAAAACAUUAUAUAAAAUGAAAGGAAUUUUUUCUUCCUUAGGCACCUUUUUGUGCUUUAAAACAGUAAGUGCCUAUGAUUGGCCAGGGUGGUGGGAGGAAGAGACCCAAAUGCAAUGUGACAAUUUGUCAAGAAUUCUUUGUAGGACUAUUUAAUAAAAAAAACCUCACUGAG